AUGUUCAAGAGUAAGAAGCCUUUUAGUACCAAGGAGUUUGAGCAUAAGACGUUAAGUGGAUCAUCUUCUUUCUGGAAAGGUAAAGGUAAAUAUUUGAAGGUCAGGACUCAGAAAGACAAGUUUAAGAAGAAUACAAAUGAGAGUAGCACUACAACAAGUUUUCCACAGUGUGAUGUAAAAGUUGCUAGUAGGCAAACUACUGCAGUGCCAGCAGCUUCAGUACCUCAAACUAUAGCCAGAGCGUAUACUCUGAAUUUCCAGCAGUCGGAGAAAGCUCAGAAUCUUGUCAAAGGUACAAUUUAUGUAGAUAAUAAUGAUGUGAGAGUCUUAUUUGACUCGGGAGCUAGUCACUCCUUUAUUGUGGGUCCGUGUGCCAUUAGAUUAUACCUACCCAUGUAUGAAUUGUCUCGUCCUUUGGAGGUUAUUACUGCUACAGGGGAGAAGUGCACUACUUCAGAAGUGUGCAAAGAUGUUAAAUUUCAGUAUGAAGGUCAAGAAUAUAUAGUGGAUCUAGUAGAUUGUUGCAGCAAAAUAAUAGUGAUGUCUCCUAGGAAUACAAUUGAGAGUUCUUCUCCUUAUUUGUCAGUGCUUCAAGCUAGAAAGGUCUUGAAGAGAGGUUCUUUUGGCUAUAUCCUUUUGGGAGGUUUAAUUAGUGAUGCUAAAAGUGAUAUUGUAAAGAUUCCAGUGGUGCAAGGUUUUAUGGGUGUGUUUCCAGAUGAGAUUCCACAUCUACCACCAGAGAGGGAGAUAGAGUUCUCCAUGACUUACUUCCUGGUGCAAGGGUUUAUGGGUGUGUUUCCAGAUACCUACCACUAG